UAACCUCUAAUAUUUACACUAUUAUUUAUGUGUGUAAUGUAUGACUAAAUUAACUCAUGUUUUCUUGAAAUGUUAUUUAAAUUAUGAAUAUUGUCAUAUAUUUUGUGAGAUAUUGACUAAAUAUGAAUAAAUGUUAGAAUUAAUUAAUUCCAGCAUGAGACUGGAAUUUGUUUUGGUUAAUAAUUAUUAAGCUAAAAUGGUAUUUUGAAAUUGUUUAAACAUAUAUUUAAUAUAAUUUAAUAUAAUAUUAUUCUUACACAUUUAAGUUUGUUAUUCCCCAUUCAUUCUUCUAUAAUUGUUUAAUUUAUCAUGAUUCCAUUAUUUAUUUACAUUUAUUUUAAAUAUUAAUAUAAUUCCUAACAUGGUUUUUUAUUUUCCCCCUCCAAAAUCUUCAGAUCAAGUGAAGAAUCUUUUUUUUACUGGAAGUCACUCAAAAGACCUUGCUAAACUGAUAACUUCCAAACUUGGUUAUCAAUUGACUGAUUUUAAACUUUCUAGAUUUGCAGAUGGUGAAAUAAGCUUGGAUAUGGGCGAUGAUUUGUUCAAUUCAAACGUUGUGAUUCUUUACUCCACGCAGCCACCUGUAAAUGAUUCCCUUAUGGAGCUUUUGCUCAUGGUUUCUACUGCCAAAAGGGCAGGUGCCAGUACUAUCACAGCUGUUGUACCAUAUUUAUGUUAUUCAAGGCAGACUGAUAAACACACUAAGGGCUCUCCCAUUUCAUCAGCUGAUGUUGCUCUCCUUCUGCAGGCAGUUGGACUUCAAAGGCUAAUCACUCUGGAUAUUCACUCGGUCGUUUGUUCUGGCUUUUAUAAUGACACUUUAUUUGAAUCGCAUUUAGUACACUCAGUUGCUGUAAAAUAUUUUUUGGAUUUAAAGUUAACCAAUGUAGUAGUAGUAGCUCCUGAUGCUGGAGCACAAAAACGGGCUCUUAAUUUCACACAAGACUACAAUGCUGUUCUAAAGGAUAAGCCCGAAUUAAUGGCGACAACGGCACUGGUUUAUAAAACAAGAUCAGAAGCCAACAAGGUUGAUUCUGUUUAUAUAAGUGGAUCAGUAGAUGGGAUGAACGUAAUCUUAGUUGAUGACAUGAUAGAUACCGCUGGAACAAUAGUUAAAGGAGCUGACCUAUUGAAGGAAAGAGGAGCACUAAAAGUUUAUGCUUUUGUUACACAUGGACUUUUCUCAGGCCCCGCCAUGGAUAGAAUUAACAAUUCUCAUUUUGAGAAGGUGGUCGUCACAAACUCUAUAAAACAGCCCGAAACAGUAAUGAAGUCUCCUAAAGUAGAAGUAUUAGAUACUUCAGAAUUCUUAGCAAAUUUGCUAAAGAACCAUUUAUAAUAUAAUUUUUAAAAAGAA